AUGGGAUGCUCGGAAGUAGUUCCCGCGAGUCCUCGUCCAUGGCAGAGGCUGGGCUCGUCGGACGUUGGUCCCGUCGCUGGAAAUCGGAUGGACGUUGGGAUUCUCGUGUCGUGCCUGGUUUCAGUCACGGGAUGCUCGAAUCGCCGUGAAGGGCUGGACGAUGUGCUGUCGUCGGGUCAAUUCACCCUCAAUCGCCUGAAGUCGGAUUCUCAGAAAUUCGCUCCCGUCGCGGCUGCCUGUUCUUGGCCGGGGGUUGCUGACGAAGGUGAUGCUCGCCGGGAUGAAAUAGGGCUGAUGGGAGUGCCGGAACUCAUGGAGGCCGUUGGCUAUGGCGACGUGGUCUCCGAUGGUGGCGGAUGGAUGACCGAGAGAAAUGGGGAAAAUUCGUUCGGGAAGAAGAAGAAGACCCGUUCAAAGUGA